UGGUUUGUCGUGCGUUUUUCUUUAUUUUGAUGUGUCAUUCACAAUAUUGACGCGAUUGAUUCGUAAUUAGGAGAAAACGGAAGCCACAAGGUUGUGGCCCCGCUGUGUAUACAAACGCCAGCAGUCUGUUGAACGAUACGUGCGUCCCACAAAGAAAGGAACACAAAGUGUGUUUCCCGUGCUGCACCAGUGCUUUAUUUCUGCAGCAUCUGAAAGCAAAAACACAAUGCGCGGCGUGUUGCUGCUGAUCUGUGUCGUCAUCAUCGUCUUCCCUUGUGACCGCCGAUAAGAAAGAAAAGUUCUGGAACCGACAAGGCUUUGUGCGACAUUCCUGGCGACAUUUGCUUCCUAAAUGCACAACCACCACAGGCGCCGUUCGGUGCGAUAUUCCGUGACUGCCAACCCAUUGCUUGACCUGCGUGAAAGUGUUCUACCAGCGGUGUGCUUCUGUGCGGCUAAAGUAGUUUGCAGUGAGCCUGGCCUGACUGACGCAUCCAGAACGUGUACGUGCCGCUGCUAUCGCGGACUCAGUACGUAAGACUAGCUUUACUGUUUGCAAGAUGAGCUCGGCGGACGAUUUGAUACCAUUGAGCAAUGAGACUGUAGGCAAUUCCACUUUUUUCGCGUAUAUUGGACAAUACAUAGACUUGGACUAUUCGAUAUGGUUGUAUCGGUUGCUUACACCGGUGCUGGUUACAUUCCUACUGCCUUGCGCAUUUGUGCUGUUAAUUUACUGUACCAUAUCAUUUCUCUACAUUUACAAGCUGCACAGCCGCUUUAUAUUGCAGGUUUAUAAUGAGGGUGAUUUUGACUUCUGGGACGUUGCCCGAACACUCGUCGCCGUUGUGUGGGAUGCCCACGGAUGGAUAUUUCAUGGUUACGAGGUUUGCGGGUUGGAGAACCUUCCCGAUUCAGGCCCCGCACUCAUCAUCUACUACCACGGUGCGAUCCCGAUCGAUAUGUACUACUUCACUGCGCGCGUCUACCUGAAGAGACAACGGCUGAUAUAUACUGUCGGUGAUCGCUUUCUGAACAAAGUGCCCGGCUGGAAGCUGCUAGCACGCGUCAUGAAGAUCAGUCCCGGCACGGUACAAUCGUGUGCGAGCGUACUGCGCGACGGUAACAUGCUUUCGAUUGCACCCGGCGGUGUGUACGAGGCACAGUUUGGCGAUAGCAACUAUGAACUGCUCUGGCGGCAACGGGUAGGCUUCGCCAAGGUGGCGAUCGAGUCGAAAGCGCCCAUCAUUCCUAUGUUUACCGAAAAUCUUCGCGAAGGCUUCCGCUCCGUCGGUCUAGCGAAGCGACUGUUCAUCCGGCUGUACAACGUGGUGCGGUUCCCGGUGCGACCAAUCUACGGUGGCUUUCCGGUCAAGUUUCGCACGCAUCUCGGCGCACCGAUACCGUUCGAUCCAUCGCUAACGCCCGAGGAUCUCCAGGAGAAGGUCGCGUUUGCGAUCGAGGAGCUUAUCAACAAGCAUCAGCGCAUCCCGGGCAGCAUAUUUGACGCACUGUUGGAUCGUUUCAUCACCAGAAAGAAGAAAGCUAAAUGAAACCGUGUCCCGUUUGUGAACAUUCACCGGUUGAUGUUUCCUUUCCAUUUAUGGUUAAAUGUUUUACCCCGUUUCUAGUGGUAGGUGCUACCGUGUUGCUGUACGUUGCAAAGCGCUAAAACACUUAAGCGAACAACCCGGAUGUAUUUAAUAUAUCUGUACUUAAUAGAUGUGUAAAUUACGGAUGAGAUUGA